AGCGGUUUGGGGACAGAGCCCCGGGUCUUCCUGGACGGAGGGAGCCGAGGGCUGCCUCUCUAUCCCCCAGCUCGGGACCUGCGAUCCUGCUGGUGUUGCCGUCGUGGUGCGGACGUCUGUGUUGGGCCCAUUCUGGACUCCCAACUACCUUGCCUCAGUGCUGCUCAUCAUACUCCAACCCCUUCUCCAAGAGAUGCAGCCCCUGGGAGCACUGCUAGCUGGCAGAGCCAUGCUUCACAACUCCAGCCACAGGGAAGGCAUGGUCCAUGUGGAUAAGACCUGGAGGGGGCAGGACAUGGACAGGGAAGGGGUGUGGGUAGAGGCAGGGGGAGCCCUGGCCCCCAAUACCUCCUCCCCCUUCCCCCCUGAGCCUCCAGGAGCCUCGGGCAGCAUCAUCCCUGUCUACUGUGCUCUCCUGGCCACCGUAGUCCUUGCUCUGCUUGCCUGCGUGGCCUUCAAGUGCUGGCGCUCACAUAAACAAAGACAGCAGCUGGCCAAAGCUCGGACUGCAGAGCUGGGGGCUCUCGACAGGGACCAGAUACAUGGGGAUAGCGGUGUCUUCCUGGACUCUCCUAGCAGUCUGCCCUGUGCUCCCAGCCAGGGGCCAUAUCCUGAGCUUGGCUGCCGGCUUUACCUUCAUCUCCCUCGGCAGCAGCAGGAAGAGGUGGAGCGGCUCCUGGAGCUGUCAGGCGAACGACAAGGGUGGCAAGGGCUGGCAGGCCGCCUGGGCUACCAGGCUGAGGUUGUGGAGACCAUGGCCCAGGGCCAGGCACCAGCCUACACCCUGCUGAGGGACUGGGCUGUCCAAGAAGGCAGUGGUGCCACCCUCAGGGUGCUAGAGGUGGCCCUAGCUGCCAUGGGCCGUGAAGAUGUGGUCCGGGCCCUGGGCCCCCUGGCUGAGGGCUGCUCUGUGGUAUGAGUGAUGCCUCCACAGCCUGGCCUCUCAGGGAGCAUGCUCUGGUGUUCCCCACCACCUCUAUCUCAUAUGCCUUUCCUUUCAUGGGCUUACUUGCAUUGGUGGCCUCAGCUUGCUCUGUUCCUGGGGGGAUACAAGAUCCAGACAACACUCAGCCCCCCUUGCCUUACCUCCCUCCAGUACAGGGACCAGGAUAUGGGGGGAGCUGGCAGUGAGGAGUGGUCCUGCCCUUCUGAUCCCCACUACAGCUCCCCUUACUAAGCCUCAACUGGUUUUUCUUUUGUAUCCCAUAUUAAAGGCAAUGUUGGACUAUU